AUGGAAGACAACGAUGAAGGAAAUAUUCAAGAAUCCGAAGAAUCUGCUUUUAAAAAGAUAAGCAGAUUCGGCAAUAAACUGAUGGAAACAUUAUUUGCUGUAUUUUAUGCACUUUUUAAAGACUACAAUACUAUAAAUAGGUUUGAAACACAAACAACAAAGCUUUAUGUUCAUAUGCUUUAUUCAGUGACGAUAUCACUGCAAGUUUUGAGUUUAACUUUUCCUCCAAAUCUGGAUUCUUGAGACUCAUUUCAUUUAAUUUCAGCUUUUGUAGGUUAUAGCAGAUUUGAUUAUUUAGUGGCCAAUCUAGAACUCUAUUUAUUACUUAUGACUAUUUAAGCUUGAUUUUUGGAUUUUUUAAUAUGAUUAUAAUUUUUGAUAUUAUUAAAAAUAUUAAAAAAUGAAAUAAAAUGUCUUGGUAAAUUAUUUUUAAAGUAAAUUUUAUAAAACAUUUUUUAUAUAAUAAAAAUGCUUUUCACCAAUCUAGGGUUUGGAGUCCCAUUUUGAUAUGUCGCACUUGGUGUUGUUGGCUUUGCUUUUCUGAUAUUUCUAUUCUUAUAUUUCAAGAUUUAUUUUCAAUAUAAAAUUAAAGAAAGCAAUUACAGAUAUAUUCUGGGCUCAGUUUUAAAAAUUUUUCGAUUGGUUUUAUUUCUUCCGUUUAUGAAUAUUUUUAUAUCAGUUCAAAAAUACUCAUACAAGGACAAAACCUCAGUUUUUGAAUAUGGAGGCCUAAGUUCGAGCAACAUCACAGCAAACUAUACAGGCUUCUUAAGUGCCCUUGCAGAGCCAGUACUUGUAUUACUUGUUCUUAUGGAUGCUGGCUUUAAUUACGAACAAUAUAUAACACGUCACAAAUCAAUGAUAUAUGCACGAGCACAUAGUAGAGUUGAAGAAUGCAAAAUCUUGCUAUUAGCACUUUUAUGCUACAGUCACUGGUACCUUCAUAAAGAUUACUAUGCAGCUCAUCUGCUUAUAAGCUUAGCAAUUGGCGUCAUCCUUUCCAGUGCCUACCUGUACUUUUUGCCAUUUUACACAAUCUUUGUAAACUUUACUUCUUCAAGCUGUUAUUUGCUCCUCACAUGAAGUUCCAUAGCCCAACUUAUUGGGCUUUGGUUUGAUAAUGCCACCCUUGUAUUUUAUUUUAUCAUCUUAGUUUACCCAUGCUUGGAGCUGGCCCUAUGAGAAAUAUUGCACUUUAGGAUUAAUUGGCUAAUGAAGAAUUAUGAUAAAAUAAUUUACUAUUCAAACCCUUAUGUCUGUGAAAUAAUUGUAAGAUUUGAAAUUUUGAAACUUUUAGCAUUGAAUAAAAAAACAGUUGAAGGCAAAUCUGCUGGCAAAAAAAUCAGGGCUCACAUUCAUAGCUUGCAUAGAGAAAUUGCAAAUCGGUUUGAAAAUCAUUUUUUCUGCGCUAUAUGGGAGUUUUUAUAUGUAUAUAUAGUCCUAAAAAAAGAUGGACUUGCCAAAAUAAAGCUGACAAAAACAAUAGACACCCAGUUUUCAUUAGAAGGCGCUUAUUUAAAAUACAAAUAUUCAAACACAAUUAAUGAUUUCAGAAGAAAAAUACUAGAAGAAAUCGACUAUAUAAAUUUUCGAAAACUUUAUGAAGACGCUCUUAUGUUUGAUAAAGAAGCUUGCCAAGAUCAAUUGGAUUUUUGGAACGAGAUGAGUGCAGAAGCCCCGCAAAUCCAUCAAAUUGAAAAAAUUGGGUAUAAAUUGUUUAAAACAAUUCAAAAAGCCAAAAAGUUUUCGAAAAAUUUGAUAAAGCAAUAUCCAACGAACCAGCAAGCUUUGAGAAUAUAUGGAACAUUUUUACUUGAAGUUUAUAAUAAUACUGUCAAAGGGAAUGAACUCGUGAGUAGAGCGGAGCAUGAAAAACUGCAGCAGGAACAAAAAAAUGCAAUGAUUGGAGAGAGAUUUAAUUAUUUUGACGAAAAUAAUGGAAUUAUCAUUGUUUCUGGUAGUCCUGACGAUAUGGGGAAUAUAACCAAUAUGAACACGCAGGCAGGAAAUUUGCUAGGCGUUCCCACCCGAUAUACAAUUGGACAAAAUAUUGCUAACUAUAUCCCACCUCCUGGAAACCAAGUGAAUUCUCAUAAUCGCGCAAUGGAAGAAUAUCUUAAAACCACAACCACCACUGAAGUGUGUGCCCCGUUCCAAUAUUAUAAUGCUUGAUGCCCAUAUACAUAAAAUGGCGUAUGGCGACCGACCCACCCUCUCAGUGGUGGUAACCCAUGUAUAUCCGGGCAUGGUUUUUGGAACCAGGAGUUAGCCCAACAACGUCUGGGACCUCGAAGCGAGAGGCCUAAGCGCGAGAACCGCUGUUUUUGCGACCAGACCCAUGGGCAGUUACUCGUGAUUUCUUUUUGCCAGCAGCGCUCAGCCCAGUGAGUGCCCGAAAUGAGGCAGGGCGAUUUACCUGCCUAAGCUGCUUUUGUGGCUCGCCCCGAAUGGCGAAAGCUGUUGAGUUCUUUCUCGGGAUGACCGGAAAAGAGGGGAGGCGAGUUAGACGACAAAACGGGGGUCUCUCCAGUUUAAAAGGUGCCCUUCAAUGGGCAGAUCUGGCGGACGACGAAGCGGAGUUGGCGUAAACUUAGGCGACGAUCCAAGUUGGAAAUGGAGGUGGUCAGCAAAGCCGGUAUGAGACGGCCCUUGACAAUACCUCUACCGAGAAACCGGGGGUUUCGGCCCGGCUUGGUGAACGCUCUGCCACCACACGGGAAACCGUGGCAUGCGACCUCGGACGUAGUAGGGACCUUAAAUACCCAGCGUAAUCUUAAUCUUAAUCUUAAUAUUAUAAUGCUUGAUGCCCAUGGAUAUCUUAUUGAGUGCUAUUAUAAAGGAAGAGCUGUAGCACUUGAUUCUUACCCAUUUUUUCUUUCAGCAAUAAAGAAAAACUCUCAGGCAAGAGAAUGCUUAUUAUAUGAUGAUUCUAAUAUGAUAACUGUAAAUACAAGAGGAAUGGCUCGGCUGUUAGGCUAUUCAGAAGAGGUUAUUCUUUUAAACAAACUAGAUGCUAACAAAGUCAUAAAUAAUUUUGACUCUCUCCGGGAAAAAUAUCCACCUGGCACAAUUUUUGAAUACAUGAUCCCAGGAAUAGUCAAUUCUCUUACAAUGAGAUUCACUGAUCUAAAAAUAGGUAAAGUUACGUUUAAAAUGCUGCACGUAACUUCAGAUGAGGAUGAAGUAAAAUCAUGAAAAAUCAAUAAAGAGACCACAAGUUUCGAAGAUUUGCGAGAUUUAGGAGUAAUUGAGCAAACGCAAGAAGUAAAAAAAAAGGAAAAAAGGGGGAUUUUGAAAGAACCACGUCAAAAAAGUGAUAAAAAUUGUAAUGUGACUUUUGAUAUCAGCCCACAGAUUUUUGAAAUUGGGGAAACUGACUUCAAGGCUGGAAAAAACGUGGCAGGAGGGAAAGUAAAAGAUGCAACCACUUCGAAGCAGCCUGUAAAACUUUCAGAAGAAAAGGUUGAAGAAGACGAUGAUGAAGAAGACAAAUCUAGUGAAAAAGAAGAAACCAAAAAUGCCCCCAUUCCUCAGGAAGGACAAAUUUUUGAUUUAAAAGACUUAGGAGGGUUUUUGUUUAAUAACUCUGAAAAACCUGGGGAUGCUGCUUCAGUGGUUUCGUUUUCUGUAAUAGAAGAGAGAGAGAGAGAUUAGUUAGAGAGGCUAAGCGGGGAUUAUUUCAGCCCCUAGCCAGUCGGACUUCAGCUUCGUGCUUCAUGUGGCACUAAGCACUAAAGCCACCUAACGCCCUUUUUCUUCGGAGCCAUCAAAAAUGGUGACGUCCUCAGUCUGUCGGGGAGACUCACCCGACCCUGCUGGAUCAAAAAUUUCGGCAAGGACUCUCUUAACCCCUGGUGGUGCUCAGGGUAUGAGAGGAUCGUCCAUUGUCUUCUUCUGGAACCACCUGUGCCAUUCGCAGGCACCAUAAUGCUCCUCCAGAAGUGCUUGAUUGAUGUUGCGCCGUCGGUAUCUUGCCUGUGGGUCGAGGGGAAGCCCAGUCAGCCCAAGCCUGCACCCCACCCCGGAGAAUUGCCAUCUGCGGCCCCCCUUGGCCUUCCGGCCGUUUUAUUUUUUUUUUUUACGGCCGAAUUCUGGGAUUUGUUUUUGCUGUCGCCGAGCCAAAAUGGAUUUCCAUCUUGCAAGAUGGAAAUUCUGUAAUAGAAGAAGAUAUUACCAAAAAGAGAUCAGGAACCAGCAUAGCUAGCUCAGCUGUGAGUUCCAAUGCAAGCUUUACUUCAAGCCAAGAAGCACAAGUUCUCUUAACCGGUGUGACAAGUUCAAUGUUCAGAUUUAAAGUGGCCUUUUUUGCAACUGUAUUUUUUACGUAGUGUCUUAUAGUUAACUUAGCUGCCUUAUCUAUGAUGAUAUACCUGGAGUUUAUCUCGACCAAAUACCUGGAAAGUGUAAUUAUUAAUGAUCUUGCUGAACGUCGGACAUUAAAUACCUAUUUUUCAUUGGAUGCAAGAACCCUACAUCUUAUUAACCUUGGAGAAUUGCCACCAUCAAUGGAAUCUGCAAGCAGAGAGAGACUUCUGACAGGCAUAAAUCGCUAUAAUGAAAUUAUAGACAAUAUAAAAAGCAAUCUAAAAGGCUGGAAAGAUGGAAAAGCUAAAGACAUGUAUCAGGAUUCUCAAAUAAAAUCAUGGGAAUUAAAAAGUGGGGUCAUUAACAGCACAGAUGUAAACCUUAUGGACGCAAUGCGCGACCUUGUCUCUCAAGCACUUAUGCUAUAUAAUACUCCUUUAAACGAAAUUGAUGCCCAAAACCCUAAUUUCUUUUAUAUAUACCGAAACAGCUAUGGAGAAACAAUGCAAGGGCUUAAUAUAUCUAUCGAAUACUUCAUAGAUGACGCAGAAGAAAACAUGCAAAAGUUUUUAGAAGUGAUUCUCAUUCUUGCAUCAUGUGCAGUUGCGCUUAUGUUUAUUUGCUUCUUUUUAGUUAUUAUCCCGACUUUAAGACAGGUCGAAAAAUCUAACCAGACAGUUUGGAGUUUGUUUUAUUUAUUGCCAAUUGAUUUAGUCCUUGAACUCAAAUCCAGAUGCGAAGAAAGGCUGGAGCAAACCCAUGGGAUUGAGUCUGAUAAAAAAAAUGAUAAAAAUAAAUUUAAAUCGUUGGAAGAGAGAAGUAAUAUUAAGGCAACAAAUAAGUGAAAAGGAAUAUUGGUAAGACUUACAGUCUAUUAUUUAUUUUCCGCAGCAUUUUUCUUAUUUUUUUAUUUUAUCGGGUACGAGACCUUCGGAAAUACAUUAGAAAUUAAGCCAAAAAUAAACAACUGGGCAGGGAUGAGAACCUCAGCAGCAAAUGCUGCUUUUUAUUGGCUUCAAGAAGUAAAAUAUGCGAAUUUAAGUUAUGGCUACAAAUGGAUUGUCCCUUAUAGUCAAUAUGAGAUAAGCCCAGAUUAUGCCUUUAUCUUUAAUUCAGAGCUGAUGGUUUUUUCAGAGUACAAUUUACUUUUUCGCCAUCUUUCUUCACUCAAGAGAAGCUCAAAGCACAAUAAUUAUAUAUGAGAUGACGCAUGUUUGUCAGAGCAAUGCAUCACCUUAUCAAAAGGAUAUUAUGCUUCCUUAAACGAAUAUUAUUUAGGCAUCCGAGAUGUAUAUUGACAAAUUGUUGAAGGGAAAAAUACUUCAUUGGACUCUAUAAGUGAGACUAAAGAAGAAUUGGUGGAAAUAGGAACAACUCUUAUUGAUCUUUAUGAGUCUGAUAUAAAAGAUAUGAUCAAGAAAGAUGCUUAUCUUGUUAUAUGAAUUAGUUCAUCGUACUGUUUCAUUGUUUUUAUUCUAUAUUUUUUCGUUUAUGUAAGGGAACUGAAUAAGGUUCAGCAACAGAUUACAAAUAUAUGGAGUUUGGGACGAUUAAUUCCAAUUGAUCAUAGAAAUAAGAUUAUGAGAUCGCUUCGAGCGCAUGGAAAAUUACAGUUCCAAAAGAAAUAG